AUGAAUAAAGCAUUUGAUAUAACUGUGUUCGGUGCUACUGGGCUUACUGGCAAAAAUAUUGUCAAACAUAUCUACGAACUUUCACUCAAUAAACCUGAAUUUUACAAAGCAGCUAACGCUCCUGACAACAGUGGUGCUUCAUUUCGUUGGGCCAUUGCGGGAAGAAACAAGCAUGGACUUGAGCAAGUCAUUGAAGAGAUGGAGCAACUAUUUCCGAAUGCUAGUGUUUCACGUCCUAGUAUCCUCAUCGUCAAUGUGACGCAAAGAGAACAAUUGAAUGAUAUGACCCGUCAAACCAAAGUAUUAAUUAAUGCAGUUGGCCCCUUCCGCUUUAUGGGCGAAUAUGUUGUUCGAGCAUGUGUAGAAAACGGCUGUCAUUAUGUUGAUGUCACAGGAGAACCAGAAUUUGUUGAACGUAUGCAGCGUACAUAUCAAGAUAAAGCCAAAGCUAAUAAAGUUACCAUUGUUCAUUCUUGUGGAUUUGAUAGUAAUGCCAAGCUAAUCCAAACGUCAAUAUGGUUAUUUUCUUGCACGCAGGUCCCAACCGAUAUAGGUGUGCUCUAUACAAAGAGCCUCUAUACAAAGCACGGCUGGAAGCCUAAUCAGAUUGAAAUGUUUCUCAAGAUACAUACAGGACCUGCUGGCUUACGAGGAGGCUUUGCGACAUUCGAAUCAGCGGUUCAUGGGUUUGGCUCAGCAAAGCUUCUCAAAGAAAUAAGAAAAGCCUCCGUGAUGAAGCCACUGCCUCAUCCAGACGGACAAAAGCUUGUAUUCCAUAAGGGUGUUCAUUACGAUAAGGAAUUUGGUUACCACGUUCCCUUCUUUUUCGCUGAUCCCUCCAUUGUCCGUUUAUCACAACAAAUCUUCUACAAUAACCUAGCGUUCACAGACAGCCAUAAAUCACAGAAUGCCGUCCCACCUCCAGUUCAAUUUGCUGCCUAUCUUCUGCUACCUUCAUUAUGGGCCGUUAUCUUAUUUACCGUUUUCGGCUACAUCUUUUCAUUUUUGGCUAGUCGUCCAUGGGGACGCAAUCUGUUACUCAAAAAUCCUGAAUUCUUCUCAUAUGGUAUAUUCUCAAGAAACCAUCCCACAAAAAAUCAGCUGGAACAAACGUCAUUUGAGAUUAUUCUUCGUUCAAAAGGUUACGAUCACUCUUUGACCCCUAAAUAUAACGUUCCGCCUAAUCGCUCGUUUAAGGUCGUAGUGCGUGGUCCGGAAUUAGGGUACGUCGCAACUCCAAGAAUUGUAUUGCAAUGUGCCUUGACAAUAUUAUAUAACCAAAAAUCGGAAAACACAAUACCAAAUGGUGUACUUACUCCUGCCACAGCAUUUUGGCAAACUGAUUUGAUUGAUCGUCUCCGUCAAGUAGGGAUCACUUAUGAUAUAUCGAUUUAA